UGUCAACAGGUGGUGAUACUUCUACUGGGUUUGUUAUAAAUACCAUCAUGUAACUUUUCAUAGGAAAACAAGAUUUUCAUUUUUGUUCACGUACCAAUCUACCAUGAUGGUGCAAAAGCUUAGCGGGAUCACUUUGCUGCUGUUGCUGUGUCAACAUGCAUGUUUCCUCUCUGCAAGUCAUAAGAAAUCACUGAUUUGUGAAGGAGGGUCUGCAUACCUCAGUUGUGACUCGGGAUACAUACAUGUCCUUAAUGCCAACUAUGGACGGACUGAUCGCAGAACAUGCUCUACUGGAAGACCACCUGCGCAGCUCUCAAAUGUUCACUGCUUCGAAGAAACAUCCCUCCGUACGAUGACUGUUAGGUGUAAUGGAAGAAAGAGCUGUUCUGUUUCUGCAGUGAACUCCGUUUUCUCUGAUCCUUGUCCUUGGACUUAUAAAUUUCUGCAAGUGUCUUAUGAGUGUCGCCCACUGAAACAAAGCAUAACUUGUGAAGGUACCAAAAGUGUCAUUUCCUGUGGGAAGAAGGGUGUUAUUGCUGUUCAUCAUGCCAAUUAUGGACGACGGGAUCUGGGAACCUGCCCUGAUAAUUUUGUAACUAGAUCAGACUGUUACUUUACUCAGACUUCCAGUAUGCGUUCCAGGUGCAAUGGAAAGAGGACUUGUGAUCUAGACGCUUCAAAUUCAGUGUUCUCUGAUCCGUGUCGCCAUGUCUAUAAGUACCUGGAAGUGACGUACUCCUGUAGUUUUCCUUCUGUUCACACAUUCAACAUGCUGGUGCAAAAGCUAAGUUGUAUCAUUUUGCUGCUCUUUCUGUGUCAGCAUGGAGUAGAAGCAAAAAGAACAGUGGCCUGUGAAGGAAAAUCUGUGGGCCUCAGCUGUGCUUUUGGAUUAAUAAAGGUGAUUAAAGCCAACUACGGGCGGACUGAUCGCACAACAUGCGCUAGUGGGAAACCAGCUCAUCAAACCUCAAAUAUGCAGUGCUUUCGAGGAACAUCCCUCCGUACAAUGUCCACUCGGUGUGAUGGAAGAAAGAGCUGUUCUGUUCCUGCAGUGAACUCCGUUUUCUCCGAUCCUUGUGUUGGGACUCAUAAAUACCUGGAUGUGUAUUAUGUCUGUGUUAAUAAAGGUGCAUUGCGAAGAAACCAAAUAAGUGCAUCGGAUUCUGUCCACUCUGAUCCUGUUACGGUGUCCAUAAGUACCGGGAAGUGAUGUAACUGUGUAUAAUUUAGUGACUACCCUGUCACGUAAAUGUAUUUUUUUGUAUGUGUGAAAAGGAAACAGAUAAUAACAUUAUAGAUAAUAAAAUACAAUUGUAGAUAAUUUGUGGGAUUCUCUCUGUUAGGCUAUAUCUGUUAGACACACUUAUAUCCGCAUAAAUGUGUGAAACUAUAAUGUUGUUGAACAUCAAAGUGUAUAAAAAGAAAUUGAACGCCAUCUACUCUGAAAGGAAACUCAGCUCCACCAAACCUCAUUAAUUGAGAACAGUCAGGAGAUCUGGUGAGAGAAUAACUCAAAUUCUUGUAGAAGAA